AUGGCUACAGAUUAUAGUUGUCUCAACAUCAUUAGAAAGAUGCACAAGGAAGCAAAAGAUGGGAAAAAGAAUCAUUUUACAAAAACACAUUCAUUUAUACUAAUUCCUUUCUUUAAAAGAAUAUUAUCAUCGGUAUCACCUUUUCAUACUGCUUCACAACUAAGAGAUUUUGGUUUCAAAUUUGCAAAUGGUGCAUUCUCAAACGCCAACAAACAUGCAAAACAAUAUGGACCUGGUAGAAACAUUAGAGCAGAGGAAGUAUCGACACCAAUAAGAAAGCUACUGUGCCCAUCAAUUGCACAGGCAUAUGCUUAUUAUGUUGAAUUCAUUGCGAAAAAGUACAAAGACUGUUCGGACAAGGAUGAAAAGACACCAAUCCAUCGCAGUACAUUUUACAAGUUUGUACCAGCCGAUGUCAAGAUCUUCAACAACAGAACUGAUACUUGUCCAUAUUGCCAUCGACAUGACGUGCUCAAGAUGUACAUGGGCAGUCAUGAAGUUAAUUAUGAACUUGAUCCCAUUAGAUUUACAUAUAAAUUUUUGUCUCAAAAGGUAAAAGUAGGCCAAGAAAUCGAUAUCAAGCGUGGUUUCAAAGAGGUUGGAGUAGAAGAAGCUCAAGUUGUAAAACUCAAACAAAGAAUGGUGAAUGCUACCAAGAUAAAGUUAAAUAUCCAAUCAUCUUCCUCGUCAUCAUCUUCAUCUACAUCAACAGAACAAUAUGAUGAAAAGACUAGAAUUUCAGAACUUAAAUUGUUAACUGUAAAACAAUUAAAAGCGAUUAACGAAACAUGGACUUUUCGUUCAAAGGCUUUGCUACCAAUACUCUUGAGCAUUCACAAUUGUUUUGAGAUUGACCACUUCUGA